AUGACCCUCGAAUUCAAUACCGCGGGGGGAGAUGCGCUGCUGGACAUGACGACUUCAUUCGACCACCGGGACCGUUAUCCAUACACCACCACCACCCGGGCCACCAAUCCCGCCAUAUCGGCCACAGCCAUGACUCCAACCCGGCAUCAGAACCCUUGGGCUAUGGGACUUGACAUGACACCCGCCAACGCUGCUGGUGUUGCUGGCCAGAACACCACAUCGAGUAAUUCUUCCAAUGCAUCCUCGCCAGGCGAGUCUCCUCUUUCGCAACACUCGCACGUACACUCGCAUACGCACUCGCAGACGCACUCGCCCACACAAGUGAACUCCAGCCCCUUACAGCAUUCGCCCUACCAGGCGGCUGUUACUCAACCGGGCCCUGCCACAGCUCUUCUAACAGACUGGUCCCUGCUUCAACACCAGCAACAGCAUCCUCCGGUCCAGGAUCUGUCGCAUUUUGUUCAAGAGGCUGCGUUAAUGCCCUUUCCCUUCGGUGCGGGCUUCCAGACCAAUGCGAUUGAGUACUUGCCAGCAGCCACACAGGCUGCUUUAGAGUCUGGGCUCGCCAUGGAUCAAAGUUUUGUCAAUGUAUCGCCUAUAGAAGACGGCCGUUUGCAGCAGUGGGAUGGGGGGAUGAGCAUGGGAAACUGGCAAGAUUUCGGCAACUCGUUGCAAUACCCUGCGGAUGGUCUUCCCCGAUUUGGAGGUAGUCUGGGAAGCCAGUCACCCACAGGCACCUACUUAGAAGUAUUGUCUCUGCCAGGGUCAAGCGACAAUGGCUGGUCCCAAGUUGAGAUGUACCAAAAUUAUGAAACCUACCAACAAGCUCACGCUCAAGCUCAGAACUCUGCAGCCAUAUUCAAUCCUAGCCAGACGCUCCAUCUGCGCACCAACUCUGACGCUUCGCACUCGGAUAGCAACCGCCAGCUUGAGUUUGGCAGCAGCUACGAGGAGAUUCCAUUUAACUAUUCACCCUUUUCUCCGGAAUCUGACACAUACUCGGAUCCCUCUAACCACCGAAAUUGCUUCCACGGCGAAACCUCGCACUCACACGAGAUCAUCAGCCCGGCUGCAGCUGUUGCUCCCGUGCCGAUCAAAGCGGCAACAAGCUCUACACGCCCUUGCCAUGCCAGUGGAUCUGGUGUUGCGUCACCACCUCACAACACAGCUGCCCGCAGGAAUUCGGGCCCUAAGAAAAGCCCGAUAGCCAAGUCCACGAAGUCGGUCAUUAGGCGGACAUCGAACGGGAAGAAGGACGGCACAGUGGAGAAGAAAGUUGGUCGCAGAAAGGGCCCGUUGCUCCCUGAGCAGCGCAAGCAAGCCAGUGAAAUUAGAAAACUCCGAGCUUGUCUUCGAUGCAAAUUCCUUAAAAAGACUUGUGACAAGGGCGAACCAUGUGGCGGCUGUCAGCCUUCGCAUGCUCGUCUCUGGCAAGUACCAUGCACUCGUAUUGACAUCAAAGACAUUGGCUACUUCAUGAAGGAUUGGAAAGCUGAUUAUGAGCGACAUCUCGGCCGUGGCGUUUCCGUUUAUAACGUGAAAGGCUUCGCUCAAAAAGAAACACUGAUGUGGAUUACCCAUGGUUAUGGGUUUUGCCUGCCUGUCAUGGUCCGUGAAGUGUUUGUUGCCGAUGACAGCUGUUUUCAAGUCGACUGGGUCGAGUCCUACCAGACGGAUCAGGAGCCUAUCGAGUUUGAGCUCAAGACUGAGAGGCUUGACGUAGGUGAAGGAGGUAUUAAUACUGAAGCUCUUGCCGAGUAUCUUGACAAGCAUAUUGAAAAUGGCUUCGAAAACUUCAUCGAUGAUCAUUUUGAAGGCACACCAUUCGUCACAGAAAUUUUCAAGACUGCCUACCGAUUUUAUAACAAGGAGAAAUCCCCUGUCAUCCGCAAAGCUUUGAAGCUUGUCCUAGCCUACAAUUUGACCUUGCACAUUACGCUAGUGGAACAACCAGGUUCGGAACAGGCUAUGGAGGGCCAGAUUGACGACGAGGAUUCCAAGUACUACGGAAAAUAUGUUGCCCCUGUUAUGAUCAACUUCCAGAUCAAGUGUGCUAUGGCCGACAUGUGGCGCGAGCUUCAGAAGGACAUUCUCGAGGAGCUUUCAGCACUGUACUCAAGCGUCUACAGUGGCGACCGCCUCAAGAACUGGCCUACCAUUUUCAUGCUCGCUUGCAUCCUUUUGGCGGUUUGGGAGGAGAUGCAGUUCGAUUGCCACUAUCGGGUUCCUGACCCGGUUGCGGUGGAGAAGUUUUGCACUGACAUGGAGUCGACUCCUGUUGGUGUGAUCACCGGCCUGUUCCAUGCCAUCUCGCAAAAGCUUCCAGCAUUGAUUGACUGGGACACGCAACGACAUGGCCACGUAUUAAAUAACAAUCCUGCUGUUUGUGAAGCUAUGACAGAAGUGAGACAACACGUAUUGAAGCAUGAGUCAUAUCUACGAUCAAGAAACACGUCAAAGUUCGACCGGUAUGACUUUGACUCAUUGGCGAACAAGUUCCUCUCCAAGUUGGUGAUUAAAUCCAACUAAGAGAGAUGGCGCACCAGACGCAGUUGUGCGCUCAAGAAUAUUUCCUUUGUUUUGCGUCGUUAUUUCCUUCGUAUGUGCAAACUGCUCGAUACAUUUAGCGACGGCGUUAUAUGUGGACAUGAUCAUUUCAUGAUAAGUACCAUACCGACUGUCGAUUCCACGUACCUACUUUUUAAAAACUUAAGCACUCUCACUUGGCUGGUCACCACGUUUUCACGCAUGCGAUGUUUUUACGCCCAUGUCAUUCAUGAAUACAAGCGAGACUAACGUCACGUUGCUCCGAAUUUACGACCUCUUUGAUGGCAAUAUUCAACGAUUGUAUGAACCGCAAUUUUUCGUCGAGAUUUGAAUUUUUACUACCAAAACGCGCAAGCGCGAAAGAAAAAAAAACGAGUUAUUUUAUCACGAUUGGCUCAUGGAUCAUGAUUCGACCAUUUUUAUGGGAUGAGAAACAUAUGCAAGCGGAAGCGUUCUAAGAUGCAUAGAUUACAUAGGGAAGGGGGCCUACUCGAGCUUUGUUUUCAGAGGACAGGCCAAGGAUGGCCGCGGUAACCCUGAAGAACGGGGGAAUAGUUUUAUGACAAAAUAUCUUGUACUGCAGAACUUUGUUCUCUGAUCGAUACCUCGUUCUAUUUUAGCGUGUACGAUGGACACGAUCUACAAUGAAAUAUAAUGAUUUGCAUUGUCAAUCAUAGA